AAACUUAGUCACCGAUAAUAUUUUUGAAGUUCUGCUUCAUUAAGGUUGUCUUUUUGUUCUUUCGCUAAGUGCAGUUGCUUCAAAAUUUUACAAACAAAUGCAUUAGAUAUAAAUCACUCGCACCACGAGUUUUUGUAUUCGUAGUACAACGAAAAUGCGAUGCAUAACUCCAAAACAUGGAUAAGAACUUCUAUACUCGCAUCCAGCAAUCGUGAAAAUGUAAAAACGGACAGAGUUUUUCGUUUAUUUAUAUUCAAGCGUUAUACUACUAACAAUGUAGGCAGAACUAAAUGUGCUGGAUGCUCGUCUUAUAGUAUGGUAUUUUCUCUGUGAAAGAAAGUGUAAGGGAAAGAACACGCAGCUUAUCGUUAUCGCACAAUUAUUUGAGCACGAAUAAGUUCUCUGACAAACUCAAAUAACUCAAAUAGCACACAGAUAAGAGUGGUUACAUAUCUGAUCGGCGCUUCCAGAACUUCACGAAACGUAACGAAUGAAACAUGUUCAGCUUGAAGUCGUCGUCGAUGUUUUCUUUUGAUUUUAUGUGCAACUGAUUGCAACCAUACCACAAUGUUAGACUGGAUGUAGAAAUGAUAAGCGCGACUUUUUUUCUCAGUUUACGCUGUUUUGUUUUGCAAAAGAGCCAAAGAGGUGUCGACACAGUAUCCGCAAAUGAACAACCACGUGACCGUGACCUGAGGGCUCAACUUUGUCACUUCGUGCCGGAUCGAAGCAGACAAGUUCUUCACGGCAACUAAGCAGGAUGGCAAAACGACCUCAUUAAACCGUUUGAAGUCCUAUAACUUCAAGACGAAGUUACCAAAAGAUACAAUGUAAUCGGGAGUGAUGGAGGUACACACCUUACGUGAAGAAAUCGAAUGCUGCAUCGUCAUCAUCAUCGAGUUGAGAUAAAUUAUUGACAUUUAAAGAAAGUUGAGUGGAUCUGCUUCAUUGGUCACAUGGGACGAUAUUACGUGAUUUACCAGUCAUGGAAGCAACGACUUCACCUUCCACGAAAGAAACAGCCAAUUACGCCAGGCUAUGUCGAUUACUAGUGGAUGUGGGAUCUCAGGUCCUGAGAACGACGUUCGACAACAUUCAUCCACCAAAAUACCUGGGAACAGUUUUAUCAUGUCAAUCAAAAUAUGCCAUACUGCUGGCACUAAAAAAAAAAAAGGUUCUGAAUCCUCGUCAGUGGGAAAAAUUGUACCCCCGGCAGUCGCCUGUAUCAUCGCAGCAUUUUGAUAUUACUCUGCUGAUGAUUCUACUGAGAAAUGUCUGUGAUCUUGAUCCUCCCAUUAAUGGUUGGGAUCGUCCUCCUUCUAAAGAAAACAUGACCACUGCAGCAGAUAUUGUUCGCGUUACGUACUACAGAGACACAGUCUACAGUCAUGCCAGAAAGGCCGCUGUUGAUGACAAAACAUUCAACCUAUACUGGACGUAUACUACUGCUGUAUUGGUGAGAUUGGGAGGAACGCAUUACCGAAAUGCCAUUGACAGUAUCAAAACAGAAAACAUGAACUCGCAUUUAGCUGAGAAACUCUUCCAAGAGUGUUUAAAAGAUUGGGUUAAAGAUGAAAGCAUCAUCAAGGAAAGAGAGGGAGAAUCAGAGGCAUUCCACGAUUCAGCACGAAUGAAACUGUCAUCAAACGAAACUAAUUUGUUGGGGGCUUUGGUAACUGGCAUAAGACGCUUAACGAUGAAAUUCCUCGCUCGUUCCCCUUCGAAAUCAGCAGAGAGAAGCACUGAAACAAUCAAUGGGAAUCAAGAAAGAGAGCCACACUUAGCUGAGGUCGAAAGGAAAAUCAACCGAAUACAACCCGGUAAAGUGUUAUAUGAAAAUGAACAGAGAGAAGGGUUUGCUGCGACACCUGUUGUGCGACUGCAAGGAAGAUCCGUUUGUGGGAACCUAACCGAUGAUAAUGUUGAUUUACCAGGUAAAAUUAAGGUGAUGCAAGGCUAUGAGAAAAUGCAAUUACACAAAGUUUUUCCCGAGAAGAAAAUAAAUAGAUUACUAUCGGAAGAUGUGUAUCCAGCGGAAGAAAACUGUAAAGUGAUUGACAAAAUUAUACUGGCGCUAGAGAGGGCCAUCAACCAUUAUCAAAGUGAUAAAAUUGCAGAUGCGCGAAAUGCUCUAAGAUCUCUUUUCGUGGUAUUGUCAAAUAUUCAGCUACAUUGUCUUGAAGUUCCAAACGAGGAUCAAUGGCCAUGGGAAGUUCUAGCUCGCGGUAAGGAGCUUUUUCUGGAGAGCGGCGUCAGUUGCUGUAUCAAACAUGGAACGUUGCUGUUAGAUUCCAGCUAUGAUGGGCAAAAAUACCUCAAGAAAAGCAGAAGCUCUCCGAUCAAUCCAUUAUCCUCACCCAAAAACUCAAAGGUCCUUGUGGAAGAGUUUUACUCGAGCGUGCUAAACGUUCUGGGGGCGUUUGCAUUGUUAAUCUCAGAGCUCGAAAUUGCUCGUAAAACAUUUGAACUGCUAGUAGAUUUGCAUCUUCGAUUAGCCAGCUCCAAUUCCCCUUUAAAAGAUUUAGGAGCUGCUUACAACAACAAAGGAUGUAUUUUACUUAUAAUGGGAGAUUUGCGCCAAUCAAUCGAAGAGUUUAACAAAUCAUUGAACUAUUUCAAAUCUGAAGAGUUACGACAACUGGAAUGUUUGUCAAUGGACACCAAGUCUGUUGCAGUGUAUAGCAACAUUUGUCGCCUGCAUCUGAUAUCUAGGAAUUUCAAUGAAGCUCUAAAGCUACAAGAGCAGCUGGUGGAUGAUUAUGAAGCUAGAGAGAUUAACGAGAUACCAUUUCAAACUCUAUUUAUGAUGAUGAAUAAUCGGGCAGUUUUGUAUACUUCUUUCGGUAACUUUAAAAAAGCAGAAGAAGCCUUAAAAUACCUGAAAUCCUACUGUAAUAGGAUAGAGAGGGAGGAUUGUGGGCGCCUUCUCAAUUUUGUUCGGCUACAUCUUUGUGAAGUACUGCUUCUACAAGGAAAAAUCAGGGAGGCUGAGGAAGAAUUUAGCCUUGAGAAACUAUCUUCCUCUUCCUUCACAGAUCUAGUUGACAUGUUUGGAGGCCUUUACAUGAAUGUAAGAAUUGAAGCAUUUGAAAAGUUAGUGGAGGUGUUUGUCCGUAGGGGAAAAAUCCAAAUUGCCAUAAGUCUACUAGAGAAAACCGUGGAAAUAAUCAAAAUGAGUUUCGGAUCAGAUCAUUUAAACCUUGCGUCGCUUUUGUUCAAGCAAGGUACUAUUUUGAGCCUCACUGGAGACCUUACGAGUGCUGCUGGGAAAUUUAAAUUCUCUGCCGACAUAUUGCAAAUUAUUUUUGGCCAAAAGAAUCCCCUCCUCGUCAGAUGCUACAUGUCUCUUGGUGACCUAGAGUCGAGACUGAAGCACAAAGAAGAAUCACUCCGUUACUUCCAAAGAGCCAUUGAGAGCUUAGAGGUCUUGUACCACGUUUCAUUUUUAAAUGAAUUGUCUGCAACUUACUUGGAGAUUAUGGAAAAACCCAAGAAGUCUCCAAGAAGUGAAGUGUCAAAAGUGAUGAUUGAAGGUCUGGUUGCUGAGCAUGGACAGGCAUUGGCCGUGUUACUCCAAGAAAACAACCUUCAUUUAAGAAGAUCCAAGACCGGCAAGAAACCGCUGAUUUCUGGAGAAAGACUGGGAAGUGAAUGCUCAGGCUCGAAGAUAAUGAUUUCACAGAAAUAUGCCUGUGACUUUUUGCAGACUGGAAAGAAACUGCUCCGUCAGGGAAUGAAAGAGGAAGCUGCAGCCUUUUUCGAACAAGCAGGGGCGCAUUGCGAGGAAUAUCAUUCUAAACAGGGUCAUUCGAACGCAGAGCUUGUUCGGAUGCAUAGCUUACUCCUAAAGAAAUAUUCUGGUGAAUUGACAUCCGACCAUGAUGUGAACCACACUUUAGAAGAGCUGAGCAAAGAAAUCCAGGAAAAUGAAGAAAGGAAUAAAGGCAAACAAACCACAAGAGACGCAACAACGACGGAGUUUGACCAUCAGUUCAAUCUGAAGCUGUUCUUAAUUUUCCUUAUCAUGUUUUCUAUUGAACUGAAAGAGAUUGACACAACAUUUGCAGCGUACGACCUUUAUACAAGACUCUCAUCCAACGAAAACGAGUUUCUUUUCAUGCUCAAUGACGGCAUCCAAGUUUUUGCUUCGAAAGCGUUAGUUCAUUGCAAUGGAGAAACUGCAUUCCAAGAUCUUCUGGUUUCCUCAACAAUUGGCUCGGAAGAAAGCAUCGUUGAAUGUCCUCCUCCUGACGAACAGGUUUUCAGAAGUUUGUCCUACAAGACAAAUACCUCCUCAAAUGGGUUUCUGGCUACUUGUCGCUCGCCUGUCAUUCUUGAUAUCGAUGACCUUCUGGUAUUAAAGAGGAGUGUCUCGCUUGCAGUCAGAGAAUGUUUUCAGUCAAAGUGUUUUGAAAGUGAAAACGCAGACGGUAGGACUCAAGUAAUCGUUGAUCUAACCUCAAUAGCAGCGUAUGGCCACUGUAGCAUCACGUCAUAUGGCGAUCGUAUCGAGCUCCUUCCUCUUUGUUUGACGGAAAAUUUUCAUGCCGGAAUUCCGCAAGAACAAAGCAUUUUUGAGAUUCAAACCUCAGAGUGGCAAGACACUAAGUGCAUGACCUUCGCAGAUGAGCACACGAGCAGUUUCAUGUUUAAAACUCUUGUUUUAAACCUUCUUCAGAAGUGCAGCUCCAACAAAACGCUAACUCUAGCGGUACACAGUCACAGCAUAUCUUUAGCAAUUCGCCAACCGGUGAGAGCACUUUUGACGUUAUCGUGUGACGAGAGGUCAAUUGUGCAAAGAAUUAACUUCAUAGGAACAACAACAACAGCAACAAUUCUUGGGAUCACACGAUGUAAUGCUCGAAAGUACUUUCAAGCUUCAUGCCCCAAAAGUGUGGCUGAUGUGAUAUCUUGGGCGGCCAUUGAUACCUCAGCAAAGAAAUAUCAAGUUGCAUACCAAUCAGGAAUUCACCUAAAGGACCCCUUGGAUAACCCAGUCGCACAAAACAAAACGGUUAUUCCACUCAAGAGCUCAGAGAAAGAUUCAAAAAGCAGCCUUGAAAACAGUGUUCUACAGUGCUUAGUUGAAGUCAGUGAGAUAUCACGAUUGCUUGACGAAGAGCCAUCUCCUGUUCGAGUGGAUGACAAUGAAAGUUUGGGUCCAAUUGGAGAUGACAAAGGAUUCAUAGCUACUGAGUCUCAAAGUCAGAUAGACCAGGAGUACAUCCCUAGAAAAGACGACCAUGUAUGUUUGGAGGGUUUGAAUGGAGAACAAACUACUUUUCUAGAAGGUCAGUUUAACCAGGAUCUUAUCUCUGAAAAUUCGCAGCAAUCAGAAAUGAAAUCAGAGGUGGGUUCCCGAAGCCAGUGUUCAACUUUGAAGGCCCCUAGCUGUGCCCCAAUCGAGUUGAACCCGCUGGCGCAUAAAAAAAAUUCCACACAAAGAGCUGAAGACAGCAACGAAACCUGGAUGGGUAGGCUUUUGUUUGAAAAUGAUAGAGAAUCAAGACGCUCAUUUAUGGGUGACCUUCAGGGAUGUUUGAAGAGCGAGACCACAAGAAGCCAAAGGAAUUCAGUCAAGUCCCUGGUUUUAGAAGACACCGACGUUGGCGAUGGACCCUUGAGGGCAUUCGAGUUUGAGCGGGAGAUCAACAACAGGCAAGAAUGGCUUGGGAAAUAUUACUUGCCUAGCUCAUCAAGAGCACACAAGAAUACAAAGAGAAGUCCUACAUCCCCAGUUAUGACCUCAGUUUACCAUGACGCUUCUCUUAGAUCCCGUUACCAAGAUGACGCUACUUUCAAGAAUUUGAGGCUUUCAAACGUACAAGCUAAGGGACAAAGCCAAAAAUUGACGCAUGCCUUAGACACAGAACCUAGCUCUCAGGAAGAUAAUGCUACAACGAAAAGUGACGGCGAGGCGCAAGAAACACAACUCGUGGGAGAUAGGUUCUCGGGAGCUGAUUUCUUUAGCAAUUUUCAAGACCCCGAAAAUUCAGAAGAACAAUCUAAGCUUCUGGGAAAUGGAAACACUAACUCGUCUGAGAGGUCUCUAGAUGAUGAAUACUCCAUUCACUCGUAUGAUGGUUUUCAAGACUCUGAUAUGAAUGAAUCUACCAAAACUUUUAGAACAAAGGCUAGCGAAAUCCAGAUGACUGAAGAGUCGAUAGGUGCAUUCGAUUUUUCCAAAGCAAUUCAAGAAAACUACAUGGAGGCCGACCCUGAGUCUGAGGAUACCCAAGGAGCUCAUCAAAGGCAUUCAUCCAUGAAAUCACCUGAAAACUUUCAAGCAAAACUCACACAACUCAGUUCUUUUAAAGAAGCAAAACGAGCAAUGAUUACCAGUUUGCAUGAAGGGGAAAGAAGACAUGAGCUAGAAGAUACAGUAAGGUUCAAAGGAAAUGGCUGCGCUUAUGUGUCCCCUCCUUUAGAGAUAACGAAAGUAACGGUAUUCUCGUCCUUUUCGGACCAUUUUUCACCAGAUGGACCCAUCAAUAUUGUAAAGCAACCAGACGAGAGAGACAGCCAUUCUAUGUACUGCUCCUCUAGAGCAACCAAGGAUGGACAAGGAACAUUAUCAGAUGUGAUGCCUAUUUACGGUAAAUCCUCUUUUACAUCAACUUACCAAGGCGGCGAUGUAACUGCUGACGGCGACAGUGGCAAGGCAUCCCCAAGAGGGACCAAAGACGAUUUCGAUGGACCAAUGAUCACUCAAGAACCCAUUCCAAAUUUCAGCGUAAGAAAAGCUCAAGGCUUUUCUUCAAAAGCUCCCUUUGGCAAUACUGAAUAUUUUUCAAAGGAAAAGGCGAAUGCCCCUGACUCAAACAUUGAUCAUGGGGGAGCGAGACCAAAACGAAGAUUGAAUGACAAGGGGAAAGAUACGAAUAAACUCACUAUGACUAAUUCAAGGUCAGUUAGUCACCACCAUACAAGAAAGUUCGGCUUAGAUCCGGUUUUUGUAGCGCGUCACAUAAACGACGCUAACAUUCCGGAUUCCUCUACCAACGCUGGCAACUACGAUAAUGCUGCAGUGGAAAUUCAUCAGCAGGACGAUCACAACCAAUAUUUCCCUUCAUCUAAAGAUCAUAGAAGUUUCUCCUUUGGAGGUAAAGAUGCAUCUUGCAUUAAAGGAUAUUUUCAAUCAUGCCAUGUCUCUGAUGAAGGUAGGACAAGUUGCCCUCAAAGAGUUGUGCCUCAGUUAUUACCUCUGAGUCAAGCAGAACGCCCUAGUUUGCCAUCUCAGGUGUGUGAUGAAGUUUUCUUACUGCUGCCAAGGCGAUAUUGUGUUGACGAAGGAGAUCCUGUUAUUCCUGAUCCCAAGUUGUUUAACAACACUUAUUCACGAGAUUCUGUUAAUGGUGUGAUAUCUAGGGUUAAUAAUUAUGACAACAGUACGAAAAACGUUCACUAUGAACAUACCCAGAUUUCCACAAGUCCUGAGGAUGAGGUUUCAUUGACAGGGAAUUCUUCAGGUUCUCUUCUUGGAUCUUUGGAACAAGUAAUGGCCCAAACUGUCCAGCUUAUUGCGUCAAGCGUCACUGCCGUAAAUGAGGCUCAACCUAUACUCCAGUCGAUAGAAAAAGUAGGCGUACAAGAGAAUGCAAGGGAAUUUACAGAACAAGAGGUAUCCACUCCAACACCAAUCAACGAAUCAAGUAGUCAAGAGGACUCCAUGCAAUUAAAUGAGUCCACUUUAGGAGCUGAUCGCGAACCACAAUCCAUAGCCACACCUGUACAGGAAAGUCCACGCCCAGUUUGCAGUCAUUAUCAACGCCGAUGCCUGGUCCGGUUUCCCUGCUGUGGAAAGUUCUUCCCUUGCCAUCGUUGCCACAAUGAGUCUGAUUGCAGUGAGGAUCAAGCAAGAGCAAUCAAUGCCACGCAUAUACGCUGUACUAUCUGCUAUCACGAACAAGUGAUCGAUGAAAAUAGCCAGAGGUGUGGUUUCUGCAAGGCGAAAAUGUCUGAAUAUUUCUGUGCAACAUGCAAUCAUUUUACAUCUGUUGACAAGAAUCCUUUCCAUUGCACAAAAUGUGGGAUCUGCAGAAUCCAUAAAGACAGAUCCUUCCACUGUGAUGUUUGUAACGUAUGCCUGGACAAACGUCUUGAGGGAAAACACAAGUGCAGGCCUGAUUCGGGACACGAUGAAUGCUGUAUCUGUCUGGAGGACGCCUUCAGUGGUUGGCAAAUUCUACCCUGCUCUCACAAGGUUCAUAAAGACUGUGCAAUUGCAAUGAUACAAAACGGGGUCCGAACGUGCCCAAUAUGCCGACAUCCAUUGUUCGGUCAACUUCAAACUAGUCCUCAGUAACAAUUGAUAAAAAAAAACAAAACUCAAACAUUUGAAAAUGAAAAUGAAAAUAACUUAGCUCAAAAAUCUUAUUAUGAAGAUAAUUUUACUUAUCAUUUAUGCAAAAAAGGUAGAUUCAUAGAUCGAUUUGUUACUUAAUUUUCUUACUAGCUUUUUCAAACUUUUACUAUAUACUAUACAGUAAUCAGAAAAUUAUGACCGUAACAACUACGGACGGAAUUUGAUGACAACUACAAUUGCUACCAUAUUAAUAUUUUUAUUUUUAAUUUCAAUGACUUUUGCAGCGGCGGACACAACAAAUGAUAUUUGCGUGACACUUUGUGUGACAUUUGUGUGACAUUUGACUUUGUGUGACAUUUGUGUGACAUUUGUGUGACAUUUGACUUUGUGAGACAUUUGUGUGUCUACACCGGAGAGACAUUAUUUUUAACUUGGAAAUGAUAAGUCGAAAGAAGAAAGAUACUUGCACGUGAUCAAAGGGACGAGAAAACAUCAAAAACUAGAAAAAAAAAACAAACAAACAAAAUAAUUACAGGCAAACGUAAAAGCAAAAAUAAAUGAAUAGAUAAAUAACAUAUAAGAAAAACAACAAGCAGUCAAGCAACUACACAAAUCAAAGUGACAAACAAAACUACCAAGAGAAAGAAAAAACAAACAAACAAAUGAAUCUAAAAACAAACAGACAAAAAAAGAAAUAUGAAAAACUCUCAAGAAGGUUCCUUUAAUUCAUUUAACAAUAAAUGCCAUCGGUUUUGAGUAAACGGUUAGAUCGUUAUGACUAAGGACUCUCCAGGACUGAAUGUGAAAGAAUAAACCCGCUGAAACACGUAAAGGAAAUGCAAUCACUGGUAAGUUCUUCUGCACUGUGCAGUAAAGACGUAACAUGUUGAAAUAUUCUCAGUCCUUCUAUUAAGAGCACAUUUUUACCUGAAAGCUAUUAGAAUAAUGUAUACUGUGGAGUAAAUGUCUUUGGAAUUGAUAGAAUUAAAAGAAAUAUGACGUCCUGGAAGAUCUGACAAAUGAUGAUGAUCUUUUAGGGUUUACGAUUUAAGCGUGGAGAAGAAAAGCAAAUUCCAGAAUGAAGCUGCAACUGCAUGGCGACGAGUAUCAUAUUUAGGUAGAGUGAUUUGCAACAGAAAUUCACAGGUUUGAAACCUUAGCCCAGUCAUUCAGGUCGAUUUUUUAUUCUUGUUAGACCUGCGUUUAUAUUCCACGUUUCGCUUUAAAUAACCAAUCGGUUAAAUACUCGCUAAGCAGUAUUUUUAUGAAUGAACUCUCUCUUCUAUUUGUGUAUUAAAAUCAUGUAAGUAGUUACAUUUAAAUUCUUACAUUGUAUCAAAAAAUAUAUGUUAAUUUUAACCUCUUUUGAGCAGCUGACCGAAGCAACGACAUUUGUUUUUUUUUUUUUGUUUUUUUUUGUGCCAACGACACACCUGGCGAUUUCAUGGGUGUUCCCGAUGCGGCGAUUGCGUUUUUCGCCGUUCGCGACGAUUAACGUAUAAAAUCGCCGUUAUCUGACACACCAGAGAUCGGCAAUUUUAUGCACUGAUCUUGGUGAUCAAAUUUGCCGCGACCGGCGAAUAAAAUCGUCAGGUGUAUCGCCGGCUUUAUGAAGACAUUUCUACGGUUUUCUCACUGACCUGGACUAUACUUAUCUCUUUUGUGGUUUACUUUGUUGCAGGUCUCUUUGGAAAAAUCUGAUGAUUCAGUCUAAAACAUGAUUAACGAAUUGAAGGCUUUACAUGACAAAUUGAGGUCUGCCACUUACUUCGUCUUCAUUUUUCAAGUACGGACUGCAUGGAAUGAGAGAAACCACCAAAAGGGGCCAUCGAAGGCAUUAGAUUUAGAAGUCUCGCGAUCGUCGUUUGAUCCAUCCAUAGAGAGACGCAACGUAUCCCCGGUUGUCGUCUCACUUUUCCAGCCACUGAUUGUUUAAGACAUUCAGAAAUUGACGUGGCAGUUUUGGGCUGUUGCCGAAAAACGAAACGUAAUUGAAAUCACUAGGGUGCAGCCUGGUGCUUUGAUUGCAAAGUUUUUUUAAAAAUGUUUUUGACGUAGUCGAUAAUCUUAUCCUCUUUCAAGCGCAAAUCAGAGCGCAAAAAAAAAAUUAGUUCAUUAUCUUUAUGUCUGUAGCAGUAUGUACUCUGACUUUUGUUUUUCUGCUAAACUGCAUUUACAUAUUUUUAUAGAGUGCGUCAUGAUAUACUUUCAUUGUUAACGCUGUAUUUCAAAUACCGACCUUGGACUGCAAAAAUUAUUCAAUUGAUUGGCAACCUGGCACCUUUUACCAAUUAAAGCUAUUUCGGGCUGUCAUUUACCCUUCAUUUGCAUUUUUUUUAUAAUACUGAGACAACUGUAACUGUAUUUUAGGUAUGGGAUGAACAAUAAAAUGUCGACUUGAU